AUGGUGUUAGACGUUUCCAAAACCGUUAUCCAAAACCAAAAUGUAGUUGGACAUAUCCAAAACCAAAAUGGUGUUGGACACAUCCAAAACCAAAAUGGUGUUGGACAUAUCCAAAACCAAAAUGGUGUUGGACACAUCCAAAACCAAAAUGGUGUUGCACACAUCCAAAACCAAAAUGGUGUUGGACAUAUCCAAAACCAAAAUGGUGUUGGACACAUCCAAAACCAAAAUGGUGUUGGACAUAUCCAAAACCAAAAUGGUGUUGGACACAUCCAAAACCAAAAUGGUGUUGGACAUAUCCAAAACCAAAAUGGUGUUGGACAUAUCCAAAACCAAAAUGGUGUUGGACACAUCCAAAACCAAAAUGGUGUUGGACACAUCCAAAACCAAAAUGGUGUUGGACAUAUCCAAAACAAAAAUGGUGUUGGACACAUCCAGAAAAAAAAUGGUGUUGGGACACAUCCAAAACCAAAAUGGUGUUGGACACAUCCAAAACCACAAUGGUGUUGGACAUAUCCAAAACCAAAAUGGUGUUGGACACAUCCAAAACCAAAAUGGUGUUGGACACAUCCAAAACCAAAAUGGUGUUCGACAUAUCCAAAACCAAAAUGGUGUUGGACACAUCCAAAACCAUAA